CGUUCCAGUACAUUUUUAUAUGAUAUUAUAACUAAACAAGACUGCGUUAACACAUAAAUAAUAUUAUUAGAUGGAACAAAGAAUAUCAUAAAAGUAUUGUAAAUUGUAUUGUCGACCAAUAUUUAAAGAAAAAAAAAAAACAAACAUAUUUAAACUUUUGCAGCGAAAGAACAUUACGAAAAAAUCUAAGUCAAUUCUAAUCUUAGUAAUGCCAUUAUAAUUAGAGGUAUUAUAUUUUGCCAUAUAUUUUUUUGUCCCGUAAAUAAUAUGGCAGAGAUUUUUACAAAGGCAAUUUUAGAUGAAUGAUGACGUUUGAAAUAUUAGUCCUGGUUAAUCUAUUAUUUAUAAUUAAUUAAUAUAUAUAUAUAUAUAUCAAACCAUCAUCACAAAAUCAUGCUAGAUUAAUAGUUCUGAGAUUUAUUUCAACAAAUCUAUAUAUAUAUAAAAAUAAUGUAUUAAGUUUACAUAGUACUAUAUUAAGUACAUAUUUAUUAACAAGAAAUAGUAUAUAUAAUAUGGAUAAUAUUAAAUUAGUGUUUGAUUUAAUUAGACUGUAGUUGCAAUAACUCUAUAGUGGCAUUUGAUUCCUAAUUUCUUAAAUGUAUAUUGAUAUAUAUAUAAUGUGUAUUAUAUAUUAUAUAUACUAUAUAUAUAUAUAUAUAAUAACACGUUGAUCGUCAUGUUACUAAAAUCAAGUCCUUCCUCCUAAACAAAAGCUUUAUGUAAUUGUGGGUAAUUCGUGUAAGUUUAAAAAAAGAAAAAACUCAAAACUAAAUCAAUUCACUGGGAAAAGAAAGAGUAUGAGUAUAAGUGCAUUUAUGCAAGGUGAAUUUCAGUCCUAGAAGAAACACCCACGAUUAUUUCAUAGCGAUCAAUGUGUUAAUUAAAACUCUCAAUGAAUCAUUUUUAAACACAAAUUGUCCGUAGAAAUAAAAGUUAUUUGAACUGUAGUCAUAAAAGAAAUACGCAUCCCAUUAAUGAAGAAGAUUAAAUAUAUCGUUAGUAGUAUUAAAAACUGAAUUACUUAAUACUACAAUUAGCAUUUAUUAGUAUUUCGUACUAUAGAGUUAGGAAAUAUAAUACUAUACAUAUCGUAAUAAUAUUAUAGAAAGAACAAAAAAAAAAAGAAAAGAAAAACAAACAGUACUUGUGUAAUAAAAAUUGUAAAUCCGCUUGUCUUCUUGUUAGAAGUCUACAAAGAACAUGUAGAAACUUAUGUAUAAUGUGUAAUAGUCCGCCGCAUUUAAUGUGAACCUCCCAUAUUGUACAAAGAAACAAAAAAAAAAUAUAUAUAUAUAUAUACAUCUAUAUUUAAGAGAUGUUAUUUUAGAUUUUAUACAAAAAUCAUUUAAAUUUUUAAACUACCAUUAAUUUAGCGCCUAUUUUUAAGUAAACUUCUCCGUUUACUUACCAGGUAGCGCUUAAGUGAUCGAAGCACCAUCUACCGUAAUUUUUAUUAAACUUCUUAUCAUUUCCUAAUCAAUUCGAUAACUGCGCAAACGCAAUCCUGACACAUGAACAAAAUUUUCAAUACCGCAUGGGAUGGUUACCUGUUUAUGUUUAGAUAAAAAAAUGUUUAUUAUUUAUUAAUUUAUAUUAACAUAGUAAUUUAAUGUUAUAUUAAGUAUCGUUUUUAUAUUAAGAAACAUAUUUUUUAAGUCAUAGAUUAUUAUUAUUUAAUAGUUAUAAUGCGCAACAAAUCAAUCUUAUUUAUCUUCCUCAUUGUUUUUAUCUUUAGUGAAAUCAAUUAUGUUAAAUGUAUUCAAUCUAAUCCUAAUAAAAGUGAAUUGCAAGCUGAAAAGUAUCCACCCUGUGCAGCUUGUAAAAUACUAGUUAAUAGUUUUAAAAGUGGUUUAGAACGUACAAGUCGAGGAAAAUUUGAAGGUGGAGAUAGUGCAUGGGAAGAGGAUAAAUUAGGUUCUUAUGCGAGAAGUGAAGUACGUCUCAUUGAGAUACAAGAACAUUUAUGUAAGGAAGUAGAGCGUGGUAAAGAUCAAUGUCAUUCAAUAGCAGAAGAAUUAGAAAAUAAGAUAGAAGAAUGGUGGUUUAAACAUCAGACCACCUACCCCGAUAUAUUUGAUUAUUUAUGUAUUGAACAAACUAAACGUUGUUGUCCAAAGGAUCAUUAUGGUCCUGAAUGCACACAGUGUGUAGGUUUCCCAGAUAAUGUUUGUAGCAAGAAUGGUAAAUGCAAAGGUGCAGGUACAAGGAAAGGAAAUGGUAAAUGUCUUUGCGAUAAAGGCUAUGAAGGAGAAACAUGCAAUGAUUGUGCACCUGGCUAUUAUGAAUCUUAUAGAGAUGAGAAUAAAUUGUUAUGUUCUACUUGUCAUGCUGCAUGCAACGGUACUUGCACAGGGCCAGGCCCUAAAUAUUGCGAGAUGUGUUCAAAUGGAUGGUAUAUGAUUGACGAACAAGGCUGUUUCGAUAUUAAUGAAUGUUUAAGAAGUGAUGAGUCUUGCCCAGGAAAUCAAUUCUGUGUCAAUAAAGAAGGAGGAUUUACAUGUCUAGGAUGCGACAAGGCUUGCAAUGGUUGUACUGGAGAUGGUCCAGAUAUGUGCAUUAAAUGUGCUGAUGGUCAUCAUAAAAAAGAUAACUUAUGUAUAAAUUCGGAUCUUCUUGGUCGCAAGAGACACGAAAAUUUUGCAAGAUAUGCAACUUAUCUUGGUCUUUGUAUAGCAACUUGUAUUAUUUUGCAACGGAACAUUUAUGCAGCUAGUGUUAUAGGAAUAUUAGUUGCUGUUUAUAUAUCAGUGUCUGAGUAUAUGAUAGCUCAUAGUAAUAUUCAAGAUACAACAGCCAAUAUGGAUAUCUUAGGACCUGCUUGACUAAAUCAAAAUAAAUAGCUUAAAUAUAUAUUAAUUUUAAUAAAUAUAUUUGUAAUUUGUAAUUUGUAUG